UUCAAAAAGAGAAUAAAGAACCAAAAAAAAAAAAAGAAACAAGAAAGUAGAGAGAAUUGGCCGCUGGGAGAGUAGGAGUAAGUCGGUGAGUCGAUACUCAAUAGAUGGUUAAGAAAUCGAAAAAUGGCGGUGGAAACGAAUUUCGCAUCAUUGUUUGAGAAGCUGAAAGUGGAAGGUCCAUGGCUCCCUCCUCCAACCUGGGAAUCCAUUCCUUCUCAAAGCGGCCCUCUUCCUCCUCUUCCAGCAUCUCAAUCUCCCAUUUCCUCCUCUUCAUCAGUCUACGAGGCAACUUUGGUGAGGUUGGCACUGAAUGCACUGCAAGGUGUAGAAUCAUCUCUUUUUAGCAUUGAAAAAAUUUCUGCUGCCUUUUGUUAUGAUCCUGCGGAUAGGACUUUCCAUCAAACACCUAGUCUUUGGUAUCGGUCUUCGAGCACUCAUGCUCUGGGGAAGAUUCUCAAAUCAAUAGGAUGCUCAGGUUUCUUAGUUUUCCUUCUCCAUAAGUUUGUAGAUUAUUUUACAAAUUUGAAUCUCAAUGGAAAUUCAUUUUCACCACAAAAGGGCUGGGAAAGUUCUCAAGCAGCAGAUAAUCAGAAUCAUGGUGGCCGGAAAGUACAAGCGGAAGAGGGUCCUAAAUAUAGCCUUGUUAAUCAAGCGUUCUCUGUAGCUGUAGGAAAGGUUUUGGAAGGGUACAUUUGUGCAUUGGACACAUUAUAUGAAUCAAUAAAUGUAAGGCGUUCAUCAAAGAGUAGUGAAGUUUCUGCAGGUGUGUCUUCUGGCUGUCUCACAAGUGUAGUCUACUCUGAAAUUACACUAUUGGAAGUAUACCUGCACACAAAGGAAUUGAGGACCCAGAUUGAAGCCCUUGGGAAUAUAUGCAACCUGCAUAAUUUAGCUCUUUGCUUCUCAGAAUCUUCUUUUGAAGAACUAAGUUACAAAGCAACGUUGGGAUUUCAUAACUUCUUCAGGGGAGGUGACCUGCUUAGUUACUUGUAUACACAGUUAAAGGUUGCGGACCCUGCUCACGGUGCUUUACUCAAGUUUCUCUUUCUUCGGUCAUGUGAACCUUAUUGUGAGUUUAUAAGGUCAUGGAUAUUUAAAGCUGAGAUUAAUGAUCCUUAUAAGGAAUUUGUUGUAGAAUACAUUGAUACAUUACAACAUUCUUCCUCUGGUAAAGCUGGCAUUUCAACUGACUUUCCAGUUGCUAGUAUUACGGAGCGGAAUGGAGCUGCUGUUCCAUGUUUUCUGAAGGAUGUUUUGAUUCCCCUUAUCAGGGCUGGUCAGCAGCUUCAAGUUCUAAUGAAAUUGCUUGAAUUGCGUAAAUAUGUUGAUCCUGGAGACUAUACUUAUUCAGAUUUUCUUCCUUGCUGGAGUGGGUUUGCUGGCAGUAAUCCGCUUUAUGCUUCUUCAAUCACUUUUGGCAAAGAAAAUAUAGAACCCUUGGUUCUCAUGCGGAGUAGUUACUAUGAAAGGAUGGAGCAGAAACUUGAAAACUUACUGACAGGGUUGGAAUUCAAUUAUCAACAGGUCAUUUCGCAUUGUGCCGAUGCCGACAUCAUUUCUUUGGUACUAGCGGAAGCAUUGAAGAUUCACUCACAGUGGAUGACAAAUUGGUUAUUAAUUCGACAACAGAAGGAAGUUUCUCUAAUGUGUCUCUUGACAUUAAUGAUUUUGAUGACUCUAGUACAAAAGAUGGAUCCUAUCAUGAAACUGAUAUCUUUGAACCAUUUGAGUGUUCAUCUAAAUUAUUUCUCUGCACUAAGCUUUUCUGUUAGUACCCCAGUUAGUAACUCAAUGCAACAAGCUUUGCAGAAUGGAAAGUCUGAAUAUAUGGAAAGCAGUAUACAGGCUGAAAGAACUGGUGGGCUUGGCAGUUUUGUAGGUUCUGAACCUGGUGGGAUAUAUGAGCACUUACACCUCGAGUCAAACUGGUUGUGUGCAGAAGCUGAAUCUGCAAAUAUUCUACCUUCUAAAGGUUUUCCAGUCAAUGUGAUUCUGGAAAAAAUACGAGAAAAUGUAACACAGUUCUUUGAUAAAUUUGUGCAACAUUUUAAUGAAUCAAUUGCUAUAAACAAUACUUCAGCAGUGGACCUCUCAAAUGAGGGUCGACUUGAAAAGGAGUCUACUUCAGGGUUAUUCCAAUUGCAACAGUUUGAGCUUACUUGCAAUGGCAACCUUUUAAGUAAAAACCCAAUGGCGACAAACAUUGGUUUUCUAGGUCUCAUGAACAAACCUGGUGACUCAAGCAGCAUACCUUGUUUUGAUUUUUCUUCAGUUGAUGACCCUUGUAAGGUUUAUGUCAAAAGGCUAGCUUCUGGGGUUACACUUGAAUUUCCUGAGAAUACCUAUUCCGUGACAAAUGGUACUGGCAAUUGGGAUGAUAAACAAGGCUAUGGAGGAGAUGUUCUCUUGAUUGACAAUUCAAAAGGUUCUCAUGCUGUUCCAACCUCGGAGUUAAAGAAAAUAAACCAGGAUGUCAUUUCAACAACUGUUUCUGGUGGAAAUUAUUGGGAGAGUUUGCUUGGUAGUUCUAGCACCCUUUAUAGUAGUAGCACUGGAGAUAUAAAACUGAAUACAUUGUCCACAUUUGAGAUACCACUUGAUUUUGUAAUUGACAAAUGCCUACUGCAGGAAAUCUUGCUUCAAUAUAACUAUGUCAGCAAGUUAACCAUCAAGAUACUUGAAGAAGGUUUUGAUUUGCAAGAACAUUUGUUGGCGCUGCGGCGAUAUCAUUUUAUGGAAUUGGCAGACUGGGCAGAUUUGUUUAUUAUGUCCCUUUCACGUCAUAAAUGGUGUGUUACAGAGGUGGAGCGGAGACUCUCUGAAAUUCAAGGACUUCUCGAGUUAUCAGUGCAGAGGUCAUCUUGCGAAAGAGACCAUCAUAAAGAUAGGUUAUUUGUAUACGAAAAAGGGCAUGGGAUGAUGCCUCUUUCAACUUCUACAAUUGGUGUUCAUUCCUUCUACUUUUUAGGUCUGGGUUACCGAGUGGAUUGGCCUGCCAGCAUUAUUUUGACUCCUGGUGCAUUGAAAAUAUAUUCCAAUAUAUUCAACUUUCUGAUACAAUUGAAGCUUGCUGUUUUUUCAUUGACUGAUGUAUGGUGUUCAUUAAAGGAUGUGGUGCAGUUGAUCUGUCAAAAACGUCAUCGUACACUACAUGAACGAGAAGUGGGCCAUUUUAACAUGUUAAUGAAGUUGAGGCAUCAGGUCAAUCAUUUUGUAUCUACGUUACAGCAGUAUGUACAGUCACAACUAUCACAUGUAUCAUGGUGCAAGUUUCUUCACUCCUCUAAGCACAAGGUCAAAGAUAUGAUGGAUCUUGAGUUAGUGCACAUGGCAUAUUUAACUGAUUCACUAAAUAUAUGUUUUCUAUCUGAUGAAACAAAACCUAUAGCCAGUACCAUAGAGAAUAUUUUGCAGUGUGCCCUAGAUUUCCGGUCUUGUCUUACUGGUGGUAUAUGGAACACGGGACAUGCGGAAGACGAUUUACUGGAUAAACUUUCUAGGAUCAAUGUAUCUCAGGUUCUUUCCAUAAAAGAGAAGUUCGAGAAAAAUCUUAAAGAACUGCAUCUACUCUACCUCAAAUCGCCUAAACACGGUGAAUCUGGGCUUUCCUGUUUCUGGGGAUAUCUCAACUAUAACGAUUACUCUAACGAGAAUGAAAUGAGCUAUUAUGCUUUCUCAAUCUGAACUCUUUUCCAUGAAGAUCAAAAGUGGGGAGUGAUUUGUAUUCUUGUGUGCCAUAAGAACUCAUGAAACAAAGCUCGAAGUAGAAGUCUGUGUUUCGGAUUUAGAUAAUUUGUUGGAGUCUUGGCAGCAGCCAACCUGCAUCAUACCAUCUUUGUUCGGCUGCUGUUGAUGUUCAUGCGAGGUAAGGCAUCAACCCUUUAUUUUGUUGGUCAUGGUGCAGCAGUAACAUGUUAUUU